AUGGCCGUUGUUCGUGGCACGCACACUUGCUUGAUUCACAAAGAUAAUCAUUGGAAAAAAGUUGCCCUGAGCCUGGCGAUAAACCUCGAAACACCCUCCGACCAGUUUCUCACAGUCAAAUUACUGCUGAAAUCGGGUGCUGAUGUGAACUUGAAAAAUGAAUACAGACUUGGCCCUUUAGAAUUAGCCCUGACCAGCAAUCCCUGGGCACACGAGGACAUCGUGAGCCUACUCAUUGACCACGGGGCUCAAAUAAAGAACCUCGAGGAUCCCAAAUGCCUCCCAUUAUAUUGGGCUCAAACUGUCGAUAUUGCAAAGCUCCUUAUCGAUCGUGGCGCGGAAAUCAACGCUGCGACUAAUUGCGGGUCGACACCGUUACAUUUCCUAACAAGCAAGGAUCUGGCCAAGCUUUUCAUUGCAGCUGGGGCUAAUGUAAACGCCCAGAAUGUUGAAGGCUUUACAGCACUUCAUUGUGCAGUGCAAUAUAAAGAAAAAGAGAUCGAAUUCAUCGAGCUGUUGCUAAACUCUGGUGCAGAUAUCAACGAGAAGAACCAGAUAGGCCAAACACCUCUGCAUCUCGCAGUUGACUGCAAUGAAACAUCGACAGUCAUCAAUUUACUUCUUACGCGUGGAGCGGAUGUGAAUGCAAAAACCAAGGAUGGCAAAAGACCUCUGCAUCUCGUUACUCACCGUCGUUCCCCGACGGUGAUGGUUAUCAAUAUUAUCAAUAUACUUCUUACGCAUGGUGCGGAUGUAAAUGCAAAGACCAAGAGCGGCAAAACGCCUCUGCAUUUUGCAUCAGAAGGAUCUGAUUUUCCGAUAGUCAAUGAGUUUCUUAUGCGUGGAGCAGAUGUCAAUGCGAAAGACAAUGACAGCAUGACACCUCUAGACUUUUCCCUCAUGACCAUGGGUUCAUCAUUUGAAAUAAUCAAUGCACUUCUCAUCCAUGGAGCAGAUUGGAACAGUUAUCGAGAUGAUAGAAGAAGCGAGACUUUGAAGAAGCUUGAGUUUUGGUUGAGUGGCAAUUGGUAA